AUGAAGUUUUAUAUUGAUGAUCUCCCUGUUCUUUUCCCAUACCCCAAGAUCUACCCUGAGCAGUACUCCUACAUGGUGGAUUUGAAGAGAACGCUGGAUGUUAAGGGACAUGGUGUGCUAGAAAUGCCUUCAGGCACAGGAAAAACAGUAUCUCUUCUCAGUUUAAUUAUAAGCUACCAACGUUUUUAUCCGGGAUCGCGAAAACUCGUUUACUGCUCGCGAACAGUGUCAGAGAUUGAAAAGGCACUAGCGGAACUGAAGCGACUUAUGGCGUACCGCGCGAAGUAUAAUACGAAAAAGCAGCUUUCAGACGGAAUCGAGCCUAUGGAUGUUGAUUCAGAAGAUAUACAAGGCCAGAUGGAAGACAUUCUGGCGCUGGGAUUGAGCAGUCGGAAGAAUAUGUGUGUUCAUCCCACGGUAAGUCAAGAACGAAAGGGAAAAGUUGUGGAUGCCCGAUGUCGUGAUAUGACGAGUGCAUGGGCAUGUGAAAAAGGAAGACAAGAUCCUGGUUCCGUAGAGCUAUGUGAUUUUCACGAGGAGCUGGGGAAACUGGAGCCGGGUCACUUAGUCCCGCCUGGCGUAUGGACAAUCGAGGAGCUGAUCGAAUACUCAAAGGACAAGGGAAUAUGCCCGUACUUUGCCGUUCGUCGUAUGAUGCCUUUUUGUGAUAUUAUCAUUUACAGUUUCCACUAUCUAUUGGACCCAAAAGUUGCUGAGCAAGUCAGCAAAGAGAUCAGUAAAGAUGCUAUCGUCGUGUUUGAUGAGGCGCACAAUAUCGAUAAUGUGUGUAUCGAGUCGCUGAGUAUCGACUUGACGCGACCCAUCCUGGACAAUGCAUAUCGGUGUGUCAACCAGCUUGCAGACAAAGUUGAUGAAGUGAAGAAGGUCGACUCUGCCCGACUUCAGGACGAGUACGUCCGUCUCGUCGAAGGUCUACAGCAGCAAAGUGAUGACAGAGAAGCCGAAUCAUUUAUGGCCAAUCCUGUUUUGCCAGACGACCUGUUACAGGAGGCAAUUCCAGGAAAUAUUCGGCGUGCCGAGCACUUUGUGGCAUUUCUGCGCCGCUUCGUCGAGUACCUUAAGACUCGUAUGCGUGUGCUGCACGUAGUAGCCGAGACGCCAGCGAGUUUCUUACAACAUUUAAAAGAAAUCACAUUCAUCGAGCGGAAACCGUUGCGUUUCUGUGCAGAGCGACUUCGGAUGCUCGUCCAGACGCUCGAACUUACCCGCCUCGAUGAAUACUCGGCAUUGCAAACCGUUGCAUUCUUUGCUACGCUCGUCUCUACUUACGACAAGGGAUUUUUGCUAAUUCUUGAGCCGUUCGAGACCGAGCAGGCAACUGUUCCAAAUCCGAUUUUUCACUUCACAUGCCUGGAUGCGAGUUUGGCAAUAGCACCAGUCUUUGAGCGAUUCAGCAGCGUAAUUAUCACAAGUGGUACGAUCAGUCCUUUGGACAUGUAUCCGAAGAUGCUUCGGUUCGACACAGUCGUUCAAGAAAGUUAUACAAUGACGCUGACGCGACAAUGUUUCUUGCCGCUCGUUAUUACGCGUGGCAGCGAUCAAGUAGCGAUCAGCUCGCGAUUCGAAGUGCGGAAUGACCCCUCUGUGGUUCGGAAUUACGGGAAUAUCUUGAUUGAGUAUUCGCGGUGUAUUCCUGACGGCAUCGUCGCAUUCUUCCCCUCCUACUUGUAUAUGGAGAGUAUAGUCGCUGCAUGGCAUGAUAUGGGAAUUCUGGACGAAGUAUGGCGGCACAAACUGGUGUUCAUUGAAACACCUGACGCGCCAGAGACUAGCAUCGCUUUAGAGAACUAUCGGCGAGCAUGUGACAACGGACGUGGUGCAAUUCUUCUGUCUGUCGCUCGAGGCAAAGUAUCGGAGGGUAUCGACUUUGACCACAAUUAUGGCCGCGCUGUGAUCAUGUUUGGUGUGCCAUACCAGUAUACGGAGUCGCGUAUUUUGAAAGCGCGGCUUGAGUUUCUUCGGGAUAACUUCCGCAUCAAAGAGAACGACUUUCUCACGUUCGACGCAAUGCGACAUGCUGCACAAUGUGUAGGUCGUGUAUUGCGAGGCAAGUCAGACUAUGGGUUGAUGAUCUUUGCCGACAAGCGAUUUGCUCGAUCAGACAAGCGCGCCAAGCUGCCGAAGUGGAUUGCCCAGUACAUUGAGCCAGUUUUUAGCAAUCUGUCAACGGACAUGGCGAUUGUGGAGAGCAAACGGUUUAUGCGCACCAUGGGGCAGCCGUAUCCUGCGGGAAAAAACGGGAUUAGUCUAUGGGACUUAGAAGACAUUGAGCGUCGACAGCAAAAGGAACGGGAUGCCUUUGAACGACUGCUCCAACAAGACUCGGACGAUUGGGUCGCUAAGCAUCAGCACGAAGUGCGUAUGACAUCUGACCAAGACUACGACGGCAGUAUUCCAGCGGCAAAUGCUGCAGCAUCCGUACAUGAGCUAGCGGAUGACUUUGAUGCGGAAUUUGGCACGGGCGCCGAGCUCACGCAAGUGUCCGUUCCAUGA